AGCUCGGCGGGCUGGGGGCGGCGGGCCGCAGAAGCCGAGCUGGCGGGGCGCAGAGCGGAGUGGACGGUUGAGCGCUGCGUGGAGGCUGUGCGUUAAUAAAAGUAUCCAUGGAGAACUCUGAAAACUCAGUGGAUUCAAAAUCCUUUAAAAAUUCGGAAACAAGGAUCUUACGUGGAAGCAAAUCAACAGACUCUGGAAUAUCCUUGGAUAAUAGUUACAAAAUGGAUUAUCCUGAAAUGGGUUUAUGUAUAAUAAUUAAUAAUAAGAACUUUCAUAAAAGUACUGGAAUGUCACCUCGGUCCGGUACGGAUGUAGAUGCAGCAAACCUCAGGGAAACAUUCACAAACUUGAAAUACGAAGUCAGGAAUAAAAAUGAUCUUACACGUGAAGAAAUUGUGGCAUUGAUGCGCAGUGUUUCUAAAGAAGAUCAUAGCAGAAGGAGCAGUUUUAUUUGUGUGUUUCUAAGCCAUGGUGAAGAAGGAAUAAUUUUUGGAACAGAUGGACCUGUUGACCUGAAAAAAUUAACAUGUUUCUUCAGAGGGGAUUAUUGCAGAAGUCUAACUGGAAAACCCAAACUUUUCAUUAUUCAGGCCUGCCGAGGUACAGACCUGGACUGUGGCAUUGAGACUGACAGUGGUGUUGAGGAUGACAUGGCGUGUCAGAAAAUACCAGUUGAGGCGGACUUCUUGUACGCUUAUUCUACAGCACCUGGUUACUAUUCCUGGCGAAAUUCGAAGGAGGGAUCCUGGUUCAUCCAGUCACUUUGUGCUAUGCUGAAACUGUACGCUCACAAGCUCGAGCUUAUGCACAUUCUUACUCGGGUUAACAGAAAGGUAGCCAUGGAAUUUGAGUCCUUUUCCCUUGACGCAGCUUUUCAUGCAAAGAAGCAGAUUCCAUGUAUUGUGUCUAUGCUGACAAAAGAACUGUAUUUUUAUCACUAAAGAAAUGGGUGAUUUUUUUUUUAAGUUUAUAUGUCAAUGGAGGAAAUGGUAUAAUCGAUACUAUAUUUUCUUUUCUCAUUUAACUCUAAUCUGAUCCUCCAGGUGGUACUUUGAAACAUACCACUUUCACAAUAGAACUACUGGGAAGCUACCUCAAACUCAGAAUCAGGUAGUUGAAAUUGAAUUUAAUUAGGAAUAAAUAAAAAUGGAUAGUGGUACAAUCAUGAGAAAAUGAUUGUAAAUUAACAGCUCUCAUCAUUUGCAAUUUUUAGUGAUGCUGUGCUAUGAAUUUUCAAGUAAUUAUGGAAAAAGGUAAACAUUGCAGUAAUGAAUUUCAGUGGUAUUGAUAUGCUCUCAUUUAAGUAUGCAUCCUAGUUUUUGUCAAACUAUAGAAAUGAUGAUGUGGAAUAAUGUAUCCUAGAACUUGGGAUCCAUCCAUGGGCAUGGUCAAAGGCUCAAAGACCUUGAUUUUAGCAUUGGUAUUUGGAGAUAAGUCAACUGUAUUUUUGGAUCAUAUAUCUGAGUGCAUAGUUUUGUGAUGUUUAUCCUGAGCAUGUCUUUGUAAAAAAAAUUGUGUUUAAUAUUGAAAAAGAAACUACGUAUUUUACUUGGGAGAAAGUGUGAGCAAGCUAAGUUGACUCUUAAGACUAAAUGCAACAUUAAUAGAGGAAGACAGAGUUAGAACUAUAAGGUGCUGAAAUACAGCUCAUCCACCAGCAUAUGUGUCCUGCCAUAUUUGUCCCUGUGCAAUCUCUUGAGCUUCACAUACCAGCAAAAUAUCUGAAGAGCUAUUAUGUAAAAACCUGAAAUUAUUGGUCAAACUGAAUAGCAGUGUGUUUUGAAGAAAUUCUACAGGAACAUACUAAAAUACAACUUCUGCAAUAACCAGUGAAAUUCAGGAAGAAACAAUAAAUCAGUCAGCGGGGCACUCUGUAAUUAGAAGCUGGUUUGAGCCCCAGCAGCGGCGUGGUGCAGCCUGUGUGAGGAAGGCAGAGCCAGGGACCGUGGCUUCAGAAAAAGGACUACUGGCUGCUUUCUUCAUAUGCACUGAUGUGUGUGGAGGAUGCCCCCAAGGCAGAAAUCUCCAAGAAAGUGAACCAAAUCAGAAAUUCCUGAAAUGGAAAUUUUCCAAAGUUGAUGAGGGUCACAAUAAAAACCAUAGUUCUCUUUGUAGUAAAAUUUUUGAGCUAACAUGUUAAGUUAUUUUCUGUUGAAGUUUACAGUUAAGCGAAAAUGAUACUGUUAUAAUUACAUACUGUUCCCUGAAGUGAAAAGACCGUGGUACACAGGACUUGAGAAAUCAUCUGGUCUUCCCCUCCUUUGGUGGACGGGGAAACUGAAGGCCGAGAGAAGAAACAGCAGGGCCCCCAGCCAGAGAGGCCAGGCUCCAGCCUCCUCAGUCAGGGAGGUGUUGAGCCGUCUCUGCAUCCUGGUGCCUCACUGGUUGUCAGUCUGAUGUUCCACGUGAGCUUGCUUGUGCUCAAAGAAAACAACUCACAUUUAUAAAUGACAGCUAUUUGUUUUUAUUGUGUCUGUAACUUUUUCAGAGUAAAUGAAGUAUGUAAUGGUAUCUUAAGAUGUGUUCUCAUGUGACAAUUUUUUAAAAAUUUAUUAUGAAUUUUUAUUUCAAAAUAUAAAUUCUAAUUUAAAAUUA